CAAUCAACCAUCGUCUUCAUCUCAUAAAGUCUGGCUCUCAACACAAACACAUUUUUAUCUCACCAAUGCUAAGGUACCGGUAUCCCGAGGUAAUAAUUAAUAAUUAGUCUCAGCAUAAAUUGGCCAUAGGUUACUCAAAACUUCCAGAGGACCUUCAGAAUCACUAAAAGUCGAGUUUUAGAGAAAUAGACACCAAUGCAACUAGUCUGGGUUUCUGACAACCCCGCGUUUCUUUCCACAGGUUUAUCUAUCGAUUGACAGAAUCCUUAGCCACCCCAAAUUUCAGUACCCGAGCACGAUUGCUGCGUCGCUUUCACGCCUUGGUAGAAAUGCCGGUAUCUCGCGAUCUCAACACCUCCCACCCCAAACUACAUCCGCCCUUCAAGCGGUUAAUCCGACCGAAUAUGGAAAUUUUGGUACCAGAACCUGCAGGACCCUCUGCCUCCUGAGGGGACUGUACGUGUAGCUGUCGCACCACUACAGGCAAAACACCCCCAUUCACGAGCAAUUCUCCUUCAAAGAGCAUAUUUGAAGAAGCCGACUUAAGCGGCCUUAACCACUCUCUGUUUCUCCUCCAAUGAUGGUGUUUUCUGAAAAUUAUCGAAAGAGCUCCCCAAGAAAUCCGAGCCCUCCGGGAAAUCUAUUUCCACCGCUUGAAUCAUAAGUUAUCACUUCCCCUCCUCGCCAAGCCGCUGUCAAGAACCAGAUUCCAUAUCCAGACUCGAUCUUUAGAGGAGACCGCCACACCAAGCAGCAGCGGAGCCUACUUCCGAAUAAAAGUCCACAGACCACAAAUCCUCCCAUUACCGGUUGUGCGAGAAAUACCCGACAUAACGCGGGGUUGUCGGCAGCAAACAACCCGACGCAGCAGUGAUGUCACCUCCUGCCCACCAAAACAGCGCAGAAACCACCCCACGUUGUCAUUGUUUGUAAUAUAAUAACAUGAUGGGUAGAUCACGCCCGCGCUUUCACCCUUCAUAAUCCGACCUCGCCAUGCACUGCUUUAAAUCCAGGAAGAAAUGCACAACACCACUGAACAUCCUCCUGAGCAAUGGCCGUUUCCCAGUGUCCAUAGACCUCGCGCGGCAGCUCAAACUGGCGGGUCACAAUGUCUACGUCGUGGAUCCAAUGCAUUACCAUGUGUGCAAGUUCUCCAACUCUGUCGUGAAAAGUUACUGGGUUCCCGCUCCACAUGUUGACGCAGAAGGGUACACAGAGGGCGUACGGCGCGCGGUGGUGGAUGCGAAAAUAGACUUGAUAAUACCAAUGCACGAGGAAUUAUUCCACCUGGCCGAGCAAACCUCUGACGUCAGAGACAGAAACAACCAGAUCGUGCGGAAACGGUUAUUUGCCCCGGACUUCCGAACACUGGUACGUCUACACAACAAGUGGGAGUUUAGCCGGUUCCUGAGAAAGGCUGGCUGCGACGGCCCCCGCGCAUGGCUGUGUCGGGAUAUGGACGGCGUGCGAGCGCUACCGCACGGGGAGAUGGAACUAGCACUGAAGCCAGUGUACGGUCGUGCAGCGAAGAACCUUUAUCAUUUGAAGCCCGACACCCCGUUACCGGAUGGACUUGAUGUCAGCCCCGAGAGCGAGUACAUCGCGCAGGAGUGGAUCUCUGGGAAUAGGUAUUGCUCAUACUCUAUCCUACGGGACGGGAGGAUCUUCGCAUUCAGCGUGUAUCCCGUCGUCGACACUAUCGACGACUCCUCGUGCGUUUACUUUCAAUCGAUCGAGCACGCCGGUAUCCGCGCUUACGUUGAGAGGAUAGCGGAAAUGCUCACGGGCGUGGAUGGACAGAUUGCGUUCGACUUUAUAGAAACGGGUGAUCGGCUUGUCGCUAUCGAGUGCAACCCUCGCGCCACGUCUGGUAUACACCUCUGGUCCGGGACUCCUGAUCUUGCCUACUCGUUUACACGGUCUUCGCCUGCGGUGGCCAAGCCGGGUGCGAGGAGACAGAUUAUUCCCGGAAUGCUCAUGUGGUCGAAGAAGGGUGCGGGACUGGGGGAAUACUUAAGGCAUAUGAGGAGGCUUAUGGAGACUAAGGAUGUCAUAUUUAACAAGAGGGAUCUGCUGCCGAGCCUUAUGCAGCCGUUCUUGCUUACGAGUUAUUAUGAGAUUUGCCGAGAGAGGAAGAUGAAUAUUUCCACUAUGUUUCAGUGGGAUUUGGUGUGGGAGCCUGGGAAGGAGCAGUUGGAGAACGUGAGGAGGUUGUUGGCGAGAGAGGGAAGAGGGGAGGUGGGUGGAGAAGGGACGAAGAAGGAUGUGGAAAGAGAGGAAAGUGCGAGUUGGUGGAGCGGUUCGGGCGUUAGGGUGGAAAGGAAGGUCUAGAGUGAUGGACAUGGUAGUAUACAGUGUGAAAGAUUGUUGCGGAAAUGUUUGGAGUACCGGUGCUGUCUUAUGAUUGUGCAUUUGGGACGUUGGUGUGACAUUUGAAGUUCUUUCAACGGGGGGGGGGGGUAUCUUGUAUUU